UAGACAGAAGUUGGUCGGUUUCGGUUUCGGUUUCGCUUUCGCCUUUGUUAUACAAUACCUACAUAAAUUCAGUCCAGUGUUGAACGUUCGAUGGUACGUCCAUCUUCGUCGGUCAAUCAGCAAGCAACGAAGUUAUAACUUCAAGUUCAAGUUUAGCGCAGUUCACGCUUUUUAUUUUCUAUAUUUUAAAGGUACUAGUAAUUAAAUAGUGAGUGUUUUAGAACCGUUUUGGAAGUAGACUGUGGUGCGAUACCAAUCAUGACUCAGCAAGGACAAGUCUUCGACUCCAACUGCAUGACGUUGACGCGGUUCGUAUUGCAGGAACAGAAAAAGUACAAGCAUGCUACCGGCGAUCUUUCCCAACUGUUGAACUGUAUCCAGACCGCUAUUAAGGCGAUCAGUUCGGCAGUACGCAAAGCAGGAAUCGCAAAGUUGCAGGGAAUCUCUGGAGACACAAACGUGCAAGGCGAACAGGUCAAAAAGUUGGACGUACUAUCGAAUGAGAUCUUUAUCAAUAUGUUGAAAUCAUCAUAUGCCACUUGUCUGUUGGUUUCGGAAGAAAACGAUAAUGUCAUUGAGAUUGAAACCGAAAGGCAGGGUAAAUACGUCGUUUCGUUCGAUCCUUUAGAUGGCUCCAGUAACAUAGAUUGCCUCGUGUCGAUAGGCUCCAUUUUCGGAAUCUCCAGACGACUGGAUGAAACGGCAAAGCCCACAAUCGCUGAUGCCUUACAACCAGGCAGUAGUUUGGUGGCCGCUGGGUACGCUCUUUAUGGUUCCGCCACAAUGAUGGUCAUCAGUUUGGGUGAUGGUGUUCAUGGAUUUAUGUAUGACCCAUCGAUUGGAGAAUUCGUACUAACGGACUAUAACAUGUGCAUUCCGGAGCGUGGAAAUAUUUACUCCAUCAAUGAAGGCUAUUCGUCAACGUGGGAUCCAUCGGUGUACAACUAUGUUCAGGACAAGAAAGAUCCGUCUAAAGGGAAACCAUACGGGGCUCGAUAUGUUGGCAGUAUGGUGGCCGAUGUACAUCGCACGAUCAAGUACGGUGGCAUUUUCAUCUACCCAGCAACUGCUGCCGCUAAGAAUGGAAAGCUUCGUUUACUGUACGAGUGCAAUCCAAUGGCUUACAUUGUAACAAACGCGGGUGGCAAAGCUAGCGCCGGCAAGGAUAAAGAAAUUCUGGAUGUCGUACCAACUUCAAUUCACCAACGCUGUCCAAUCUACCUCGGUUCGAAGUUAGAUGUUGAGGAAGCUUUAAGUUAUAUUAAAUAAUACUUUGUGUGUGCCGAGUUUUUUACUGCAUAGCAGAUUUUGGAUAAUAAAGAAAUCAUCACGUUAAGUCAUGCAAAACAGCAGAA